UAAUGCAUUGUAUUGAUAGCAGUAUAGUAAUUAUUAUCAUAAUUUAAAAUACAAAAUCACAUAAAUAUUCAAUUCAAUUAAAACAAAUAAAGUAAAAUUUAAAUCGCAUUAAGUAUUUUAUUAUUUAAUUACAAAAUGAAUUAUCCGGAUAUUGACAACAAUUUUUAAUUUUUCCUAAGUUAGAAUAAUAAGAAUAUAAUAAUGUAAAUAUACACAAUUGCUUUAGAUAGUCUUACCGUAACUCCACGUACCAGUUUAUAAUUUACGCUAAACGUAAUCAACUGUCUGGGUACUGAUAAUAUACCUGAAACCGUACGUUAUCAACCGCUUAACCUCAGUCAAUAAAUUAAGUAUGGUCACUACUCAAAACAUGUUAGUUUACCUAACAUUGUCGUUAAAGCACAUGUGAUAGCCAUUUUGGAUUUAGAACGCUUAUAGCAAUUUCAGUGGUUAGUCGUGUAUCAUUUUACUCUAUUACGAAGUCAUCGCUGUAGUUAUUAUUAAUUUUAAAAAACGAAUCUACAAAUGUGGUUUGAAAGGUUCUAUUUGAAUCCGUUUAAUAUCCCAAGUCAUAAAAUUUAUAACUCAUUAUUACUUGAGUUAUUAACUCGUUUAUGCCUAGCCUUGCGCGUUUGUCUAUCCAUCAACACUGAUGACAUGUUAUAUCAGUGUUUCAUAAGUGAAAAAUAUUAUAGUCUGGCUAAUUAUUCUAUGUAUAGUGAAAAUAGAAUGAGUUUGAACGAAAUAAAUGAAAAAAAUUGGUUGAAUACAACUUUAUUGGAUCAAGGCUAUAAAAUAUUCGGUACUACAUCGACUGUUGAAAUAAUACAGUCUUCUAUUUUCAUGGCUUAUUGUUGGAACCUUUCAAAUGCUUACACGGAUUAUAUUAUGGAUCCUUUAGAAAGUGACACAAGAUCAAGGAAAUUUUGGUGGCUAAAGAAAACUCUUUCAACUAUUUUAUUUAUGACUGGUGGUGAAUUUUGGAAGAACGGCUUUUUAUUGAACCUUAACCUUUACACUUUGCCAUUACUUUCAUUGAUUAACAACAAUUUAAAUACAACUUUCAAAAUAGAUGAAGCAUUACUUGAAAAUUUGGAGACUCCAUGUAAAAUAAUAAUAACAAGUUUUGUUUUAUUAAUUAUGCAUUUAUGGUAUAAUUUUUCUUUGGAUAAAUUUCAUGAAGAAUCGAUGAGAUUACGCGACGAGCAAAUCAUGAGAGUUGACAAUUGGAACCGAUUCGUAAAUAGAGAACCUUACAAUGAAUUAGGUAAUACGGGAUAUCUUUUAUUAAGAAAUACAAGGAAUAUACACCACAAUAUGUCAAUUAACUAUGACAGUUCAACUCGACUCAAACAAAUUCAAAGUUGUCCAAUAUUAUGUAAAAAAAAACCCUUAACAAUAAAAUUAAGAAAAAGAAGUAAAUCUAUUUAAAAUUUUUCUAGUAAAAUAUUAUUAUAAUAAUAAGUAAUAAUAAUACGUA